UCUCCAAACCUCAUGAAACUGUUUUUUUCUUUAUAAAUAUCACCACUUCGUACAUACAUAUUACCACAAAUCCUACGCUCAUUUUAUUCAUCAUUUAAAAAUGAGAAAUCUGGUCACGGUUUCCAAUGGUGUAAAUGAGUCAGAGUUCGGCAAAAUACUGCUUUCAGAUGUAGUGGUUACAAGUAAGAGAAACCUCUUCUGGGGACGAAAAUGGAGGAACAUCGACAUUCAAAUGGGUGUUGGGAUUUUAGCUAUUCAUUUACUAGCACUUGUCGCACCAUUUAAGCUUGCUUGGGAUGCUUUCUUGUUUGCAUUUUGGACAUGGGUGUUGUGUGGGAUUUGUGGUGUAACUUUGUCGUAUCAUCGUAAUCUAGCACACCACAGCCUCAAACUGCCUAAGUGGCUUGAGUACACGUUUGCUUAUCUUGGGGUCCUCUCUUUCCAGAGGGAUCCAAUCUUUUGGGUGAGCAUUCAUAGGUUUCACCAUCAAUUCGUUGAUUCCCAGAAAGAUCCACACUCUCCAACUUUUGGGUUUUGGUAUAGUCAUAUGGGUUGGCUCUUUGAUAGCGGCUACAUUAUCGAAAAGUAUAAAGAACGUAAUAACGUAGAGGAUUUAAAGAGUCAAGUAUUCUAUAGGUUCCUUCAAAGAACAUAUAUAUUUCAUAUAUCCGCAUUUGCAGCCUGCGUGUAUGCUUAUGGUGGAUUUACCUACUUUGUUUGGGCUGUGGGUGUUGCACCUACAUGGGGUUAUCAUACGACGUUUCUAGUGAACUCAGCUUGUCAUGUAUGGGGAUAUCAAAAGUGGGAGACUGGUGAUCUCUCCAAGAAUAAUUGGUGGGUUGCAUUGCUUACUUUUGGAGAAGGAUGGCAUAAUAAUCAUCAUGCAUUUGAAUAUUCAGCAAGACAUGGGCUAGAAUGGUGGCAAAUUGACUUUUGUUGGUACAUGAUAAGGUUUCUUGAAGCAAUAGGAUUGGCUACCGCUGUUAAGUUGCCAACUGAAGCUCACAAACUAAAGAAAUCAUUGUCUCACAAUAAGUUCAAGUGAUGGACAUCACAUAAAUAUUUCAUGAAUUAUGAGAUAUGAUUCCUUUUACAUGUCAAUGUCUAUUUUUAUGUGUAGAAUCUCAUUAAAUAACAAUUAAAGCAUGAAAAUUGCAAAAAUAAUGGCAUAUAAUCGUGUAUGAUUUUAGUAAUUGUACGGGUAAUUAAAAGCUUCUAAUCCUAAUGCUCUGUAUGUGGUUACAUUUGAGAAUGUGUGUAACUUUUGUGUAAUAUAUGAGGUGUUCUCUUUUUGUACCCUCUUUUUGAAUAUAUCCAAUUUCUAAUAA